ACAAAAUCCGGAAAUGACGACAGCUGCUCAACGAAUGUCGCUGGAAAUAUUUUCGUCAGCACCAUGUCGAAAAGAAAAGUAACAUUUGAGGACGGCAAUGGGGAGUUUGAUCUGGAUGACGACGUUCCAAAUAAAAAGAUUUGUGAGGGGGUGAGUGGACCUGGCUCCAGGUUCAAGGGUAAACAUUCCCUUGAUAGUGAUGAAGAAGAUGAUGCAGAUGACACCCAAAGCAACAAAUAUAACAUUCUGGCUUGUGAUGAUGUGGAAGGCCAGGAGGGGGCAACAAUUGACUGUGAUGAGGGAGUCCCCAUUACACCCUUUAACCUGGAGGAGGAGAUGCAGGAGGGACACUUUGACUCUGAGGGAAACUACUUCAUCAAAAAGGAUGAACAAAUCAGAGACAACUGGCUGGACAACAUUGACUGGGUGAAAAUAAAAGAACAGCCUUUCAAGCACAAGAAGAAAGGCCUUGCAGCCAAACGGAGGCGAAGAGCAGGUGAUGAAGAUGAGGCUGAGGAAGAGAAACGGAGAGAGGAGCAGCAGGCUGACAGUGACAAAGAGGAGGAUUUGGAGGAAAAAGAGCCUGCCGAGGACCCGCUGGCAUCUUACACGCAGCGCCAGCUCAUUGAAGCCGUGGUUGAACUGAUGCUACCCGGAGAGACGGUUGCUGCAGGGCUCCGCCGGCUCGGGGGUCUCAGGUCUCAGAAGAAGGCGAAGCUGAAGGAAGCUGAAGCUGACCCCACAGACGAGGUUAAAAGGGAUUCAGAGAAGCUUGACAGGCUGACGGCACUAGCCGACAGACUUGUUGGCUCUGGGAUGUUUGAGAUCUAUCAACAGACAUAUGAGAAACUUGCCUACACGCUGAAAGGCAUGAGCCAGAAGAAGGCUGCUGGAAUGGGGAAAGAUAAUCACGACGAUGAUGAGGCGGAAGAUGAACUUGAUAUGUUUGCAGACAAAUUCAACGAGAGUUAUGGCAGAAAACUGGAGGAAAAAGAGGAAGAGAAUAACAGAAGAGUGAGUGAUGGAGUGAUGUGGGAGUACAAAUGGGAGAAUAAGGAGAAUUCUGAGCUUUACGGCCCCUUCACCAGUCAGCAGAUGCAGGACUGGGUCGAUGAAGGGUAUUUUAAAGAAGGUGUUUACUGCAGAAGGGUGGACCAAGAAGGCUCUCAGUUCUACAAUUCCCGGAGACUAGACUUCGAGCUUUACACAUGAUUUCUAACUGAAAUCAAAUGGGUGGUGACCAUGAUCAGAAUUCACCAUGCUCUUUCUCUCCAUCUCCAGUCUAUUUUCCUUUCUAAAGACUGGAUGCCUUGGUAUCAAAUAUAUCAUUGUACCACGGGGUUUGUGUCAUUUGGUUUUUAAAUAAAGUACUCGUGUUUUUCUUGUC